UUUACAUUGUUCACGCAUUUAUAAGUAAUAAACACACUUUAAGUCAGAAUGAACUAAGCACAGAGUUAAUUAAUUGUGUGGACACUGACAUCAUUCAUAAAUCUACCAAACCCACAUCCUGACGUCAUGCACCGAGAUGUGAAAAAAAAUAAAAAAAAAUAUGUGACGUAGAAGCCAAGAUGGCGGCUCCCCUCUCCACGAUGAAAUUUUGGAAGCCGGGCUCCGAGGCUCCGGGGAUCUCAGAGGAGCGGGAGCUCAACUCGGAGACCACCGGCUCCCCCAUCAUCUUCAACCCCCACACCGCCCUCUCCAUAGAGAAACAGCGACAGAAACUCCCAGUUUUCAAGCACAGAAACAACAUCUUAUACUUGGUGGAAAGCUUUCAGACUGUGAUAAUAGUGGGUGAGACGGGAUGUGGGAAGACGACACAGAUACCUCAGUACCUGCUGGAGGCCGGCUGGGCGGCCGAGGGGAAAGUGAUCGGAGUGACCCAACCUCGCCGCGUGGCUGCUAUCUCUGUAGCUAACCGCGUUGCAGAGGAGCGAGGGGCCUUGCUGGGACACGAGGUGGGCUACACCAUCCGAUUUGACGACUGCUCCGACCCCCACGCCACGAGGAUCAAGUUUCUAACAGAUGGCAUGCUGGUGCGAGAGAUGAUGGCUGAUCCUCUUCUGAAAAAAUACAGUGUGUUGAUGCUGGACGAAGCACACGAGAGGACCCUGUACACAGACAUCGCUAUCGGCCUGCUAAAGAAGAUUCAGAAGAAGCGGCGGGACCUGAGGGUGAUUGUCGCCUCCGCCACUCUUGAUGCCAAGAAAUUCCACGACUUCUUCAACCUGAAUGAGUCCGGAGAUCCGAACAAGGACACGUGUGCAAUUCUGACCGUAGAGGGACGCACCUAUCCAGUGGACAUCUUCUACACAGUCAGUCCCGUCCCAGAUUACGUGAAGGCCACGGUGGAGACGGUGCUAAAGAUCCACGAGACGGAGGACGACGGGGACGUCCUGGCUUUUCUCACUGGGCAGGAGGAGGUGGAGAAGGUGGUGUCUCUUCUGCAGGACCAGGCCAGGACUCUGUCCCGGUAUGGCAUGAAGAAGCACCUGAGGAUUUUGCCCAUGUACUCAGGUCUUCCUUAUGCUGACCAGAUGAAGGUGUUUGAGAGGGCGCCGUCUUCUGUCCGCAAGAUCGUGGUGGCCACUAACAUAGCCGAGACCUCCAUCACCAUAAACGGGAUCUUAUUCGUCAUCGACUGCGCGUUUGUGAAGCUGCGAGCCUAUAACCCUCGCACUGCCAUCGAGUCGCUGGUGGUCACCCCCAUCUCCAAGGCCUCGGCCAGCCAGAGGGCCGGGAGGGCCGGACGAAACCGACCUGGGAAAUGCUUCAGGCUGUACACAGAGGAGGACUUUGAGAAACUGCCUGCCUCCACCGUGCCAGAGAUGCAGCGCACCAAUUUGGCUCCCGUCAUCCUGCAGCUCAAAGCGUUAGGCAUCGACAACGUGCUGCGGUUCAGCUUCCUCUCUCCUCCUCCUGCUCAGACUAUGGUCCAGGCUCUGGAACUCCUUUAUGCUCUGGGAGGUCUGGAUCAUUACGGCCGCUUGACUGACCCCAUGGGAGUGCGGAUGGCCGAGUUUCCUCUCAGCCCCAUGUUCGCUAAGAUGCUACUAGAGUCAGGAAACUUCGGCUGCUCCAAGGAGAUUGUUACCAUAGCAGCGAUGAUGCAGAUUCAGAAUAUAUUCAGCGUGCCGCCCAAUCAGAAGAAAGCUGCCGCCCGGGAGCACCGUAAAUUUGCAGUUGCCGAGGGAGACCACCUCACAAUGCUGAACGUGUAUGAAGCAUUCAUUAAGCACCAGAAGAGCUCCCAGUGGUGUCAGGAACAUUUUCUCAAUUACAAGGGUCUGCUGCGGGCCGUGACUGUACGGGAGCAGCUUCGGCGCCUCAUGAACAAGUUUAAAGUGCCACGGACUUCCAGCGAAGGUGACCCAGAUGUGAUCUUGAAGUGCAUCGUGUCUGGAUUCUUCUCCAAUGCGGCUCGUAUUCACCAUUCUGGCUCCUACAGGACUUUACGAGACGACCGUGAGCUUCACAUCCACCCCAAUUCUGUUCUGUUUGGAGAGAAACCUCCAAAGUGGGUUGUCUUCAAUGAAGUGGUGCAGACGUCAAAGUACUACAUGCGUGAUGUGACUGCUGUUGAGUCUUCCUGGCUGGUUGAGUUGGCUCCUCACUUCUACAAGCAAGCCAAGCACGGUUCACUGGCCAGCAAGAGAUCCAGGGUCCUCUAAACCUCAUCGUCAUUUCACACCACUCAGACAGGAAGACUAAUUUGCCACUGUGCCCCUUCCCACUUCACUGUAUAUAAAGAUGUAAUGUAUAUAUAUAUAUUGUCCAUGUCCACAUGCACAACCGUCUCUGCACUAUGUGGCCAUGCUACAAUGGCAUUAAACGGUCUAUUUUUAGUGUUGAUGUUAACACACGUAACUGUGUUGGAGUUUAUAUUUGAUCUGUGAGAGUAAAUGGUGAUGAAUGUGAGAUGACGAGUCCAGGCUGUGCCUGACUAGAGUCCAUUCCAGCAUGGUCACGUAGUUUAUUCAUAGGUGUAUAUAGUCGGAGCAGGCUCAGGUUCAGGGAACGGCCACUGGUCUUUCCACACCUGGUUCUAGGCUUUGUUAUUUUUUUAAAGUGCUGUAUUUCUUCCUGUUGCAGGUACAUAAUGAAAGACAAUAGACUGUGAGGAUGUUACCUUAUGACAGAUUCAGAUUUAUUUUUCUUAAUUUGCUCCCCUCUUAAACUGGGUGCCUUUUUAUGUUUUAAUUGGUUCACUUCAAAUUUAUUUUCAACGUCUUACAGUUCAUGGACCUUCACACAGAAUGUAGCGAGAGGUAUAUAUUUUCAGGAAUUCACUGUAAAACAUUUAUUUUUUUUUCCUCAGUCAGUCAACCUCAGAUCUUCUAAUAUUGAUACUGUGAAGAGAUUGUUUGGAUCGUAAUUUUACACCUCAUUUCCACCUACAGUACAGUACGGUAUAGCUUAGACAUAGUGGCCUUGUCACCACUUUGUGCCAAUUUCUUUCAUCAGCCUUUUUCACGUUUUGUUCUCAGAUGGAAUGUGCGAAACUCUCCCAAACAUUGUAAAACACAAAAGCUGUGAAAUUAAAACUAAAAGUGAAGUGCCAUAUUUUUUGCUGUGAUGACCUGAAGUGCAUCCGGAGGUGCGUCCGAAGCCUCAAACGAACAGUAGCAUUUGCCUGAUUUCACUGGCGGUCAUGAUACUUGCCUUUCCUCUCAUGAGUCUCAUGUGGCUCUUGGUUUUCGCUCAGCCAUCAACAACCACCAGGUGUUUAGUAAAAUGGCCAGUUACCGUAUUCAUGAUUUACAUUCUAUGUUUUCUGCACGUUUUUAUACAUUUAUGUUUUUAUUUGUACUUCAAGGUUUUAUUUUCCUUCAGAGUACCUGGCCCUGAAAGCUUUAGUGAGCAGUUUAAAUAAAGAUUUGUAAUUUUACUCUGCUGGGAUGUACUUUCAAACCAAAUUUUGUUUCAGACUGCAUGUUUUUUUUUGUUUGUUUUUCUGCAGAACUUGUCCUUGAGGUUAGGACUGUAGCUCGAGUAAAUCUGUAAUCAAACCGCAGUACAAGACAGUAGAUAGAUAACACAAAUUAAAACUCUAAUUAGAUGGAAACACAAGUGUACCUUUGCAUGUGAAAUGGUACUCUGACGUAGACACUUAAGAUCACCUCGUAGACUUGUUGCAGUUAAUAUAUGCGAGACACUCUUAUUUGUGUAGAGUAUGUAUGCAGCCAAAGCAGUAAUCCGUAGACCUGUGUAACUGCUGACCUCUGAGAUAAAAAACUGUCACCUGCCAUUCUUCCUCACACGGUCAAAUAAAGCCUUAUUGUCAUACACUUAA